CAAAGUGUAUUCGAGUUGAAUUAGCUCGACUGCAUAUAACAUUAUACUCUCAACUUUGACUAUAAAUUUUUUAAAAACUUAAGCUGGAUUCAGUCAUAAAUUAAUAUAAAAUAAUAUAAUGUAUGAACGCGGCGGUGGAGCGCUAACCGCUAGUAAGUUCUUGUUAAAUUCUCGCAAUUCUCUUCUCCCAUUGGUCAGGAAUUAAUGACUCUUACAGCCACGCGCUCUCCCUUGCUUUCUCUUUGCAGUAACUGCCACGUGCUCUUGGAAACCAUACCCGCCAAAAAAGCCUUUCAGUCUGCUGGGACCCACACAAGCGAAAACCAUCCGCUGCACCUAUUCAACGCGCUCAUCCGCGCGUGCACCCAGUGCUUCGCCCCCAGCCACAUUCCUGUAAUCUAUCUGCUCUCUCCACCACCACCAACCCCUUCCAGCCACCACGCUCCCCUCUCUCUCACUCUCUCUCCCUCUUAAAAUGGAAGAGAGAGAGAGAGGGGGGGAGGGGGAGGGGGAGAGGGAGAGAGAGGACGAGGAGAGAGAAAACCAGUUCAGAGCUUCAAUGGUGAUCACUGCCUGCUCAAACCUAGCCACACGCGCUCUCUCUCCACCACCGCUAAAUCUCCAUCACUCUUCUCUCUACAGCUUCGCCCUAAUCCCCUGCCGUCACCUGUCCUUCGCCCCCGCGCGCUCUCCUCAUCCUAGCUUCACUUCCUCAUCCGCCCGCUCCCGUCGGUCUUCCGCCACCGCGGCAGCUGCCGCCGCCGGCGACGGCGGUGGAGGAGGCGGAGCUCGAGGAGGCAGCGGUGGUGGCAGUGGCGGCGGAGACGAAGAUGCCGGUGACAGGAACAAGGAAGAGGCGGUUCUGGCCCUGGCGGAGAUCGGAAGGUCUCUGGACAGCCUCCCGAAGGAUCUGGCGGCGGCGAUCGAGGCCGGGAGGGUGCCGGGAUUGAUCGUGCGGCGGUACUUUGAGCUGGAGAAGUCCGCGAUUUUCCGAUGGUUGCUAAGGUUCGGAGGGUUUAAGGAGCGGUUGCUUGCGGACGAUUUGUUCUUGGCGAAAGUCGCCAUGGAGUGUGGUGUUGGCAUCUUCACCAAGACUGCUGCAGAGUUGGAAAGACGGAGGGAAAACUUUACCAAGGAGCUGGAUUUUGUCUUUGCUGAUGUGGUGAUGGCCAUAAUUGCAGAUUUCAUGCUUGUUUGGCUACCUGCCCCUACUGUUUCUCUUCGACCACCUCUUGCAAUUAGUGCCGGACCUCUGGCAAAAUUCUUCUAUGGCUGCCCUGAAAAUGCUUUUCAGGUAGCUUUAGCAGGAACUUCGUACUCAUUUUUACAAAGAAUAGGUGCUAUAGUGCGUAAUGGGGCCAAGCUGUUUGCAGUUGGGACGGGUGCAUCUCUGGUUGGUACUGGGUUAACAGAUGCAUUGAUUAAUGCACGAAAGGCUGUUGAUAAAUCGUUUGCAGUUGAAGCUGAAGAUGUGCCCAUACUAUCUACUAGUAUUGCCUAUGGUGUCUAUAUGGCAGUUUCUAGCAACCUCAGGUACCAAGUGCUCGCAGGAAUAAUUGAACAACGGGUUUUGGAACCCCUGCUGCACCAACAUAAGAUUGUACUUAGUGCAAUCUGCUUCGCUGUUCGGACUGGCAACACAUUCUUGGGGUCAUUGAUGUGGGUGGAUUAUGCCCGUUGGACUGGAAUUCAGAAAAUACGAGAUUAGAACAAAGGCAGGAUAAACAGGUGGGAGCAUUGUGCUGGCUGGACUGGAAUCAAGAAGAUAUAGGAUUAGAACGAAGGCAGGAUAAAGUGGGUUUGAUUGUUCAUAUUAGUUCAUUUUAUUCUUAAUAAAUUCCUGUUUUUAUGUAAUUAUUUAGGAUUAUAACAAAUAUAUUUAGCUUUUAUUCUGUAACAUUGUUUUCUCAUUAUUUUAUAAAGUGAAGGAAUAUUGAAGGAUUGCUCGACCUAAAAA